AUGAGUCAAAAAAAAAAAGUCAAUGUUAUUGGUGCUGGAGUUAUCGGUAUUACUACUGCCUUAAUUCUACAACGAAAUGGAUAUCAAGUUCAAAUUCUUGCAGAGCAUUGGCCCGGGGAUUCAGAUAUUAAUUAUACAAGUCCAUGGGCGGGUGCCGCUUGGAAACCGAACUUUUAUCUUAAUAAUGCAAAAAAUGUGGAUAAAUUCGAACGAAUUUCGUUUGAGACAUUCUGGGCCUUAUUGCAAACACCUGAUACUGGUUUAAUGAGCGCAACAAUAUAUGAUUAUAUGGAUAAAAAACCCGAAUUGAAUCGAGAUGUUUGGUACAGAGAGUUUGUUCCAAAGGUCCAUCUUUCUCAUAUCAAUGAAUCAUUUGAUGAUGAUGUUGAUAUUGUAGUAAAUUGCACGGGAAUUAACGCACGAACAUUUGGUGGUGUUCAGGACGAAAAACUGUGUCCGGAAUUAACAUUAGGUGUAAGUACUCAUGCCUUGAAAAUAAUAAGUCAUAAUGUUGGUCGACAACCGACUAGAAUCGGUGGUAUUAGACUUGAAAUAGAAAUAAGAAAAAAUGAUAAAGGCAAAAAUAUUAUA